UCUCGGGUACACGAGACUCAUCUUCCAGGUUUACGUCGAUCUCGUUUGUCAUCAUCUAGGUGCAACUUCAUCCAAGGAAAACCGCUCGAGAGGCAAACGGAAUGCCGUCAUGAGAGGCAAGUCACGGCCCGGUCGCGUGAGAGGCGCAUUGCGUCAAGAAGCAGCAGUAACGGCAUGCGUAAAACGCCCGUGAUGAGAGCCCGAAGACCGCGCGAGCCCUGAGAGUACGCGUCAUCGAGGAAGCCUCCUGGCCAGUCGACACCGUAGCCAUGAAUUUUCUCAACACGAUCGCUAUCGGCGCGGUCGCCGGCUCCGACUCGGCCCUUCAGCUCAACAAUGUAGAGAUCAUUUAUUCAAAAGUGCAACGAGUUUACUUUAAGCCCCAGCAUAAAGAGGAAAGACAGAAGGAUCUAAGAGUCAACGUCGAAAUACACGCGGGCCUUAGUCCCGUCUGUCGUAAGGCUCUUUGUGUUCUCCUGUCAGAUGAUGAUGAUCCAUGUUUUUUAUAUUCUUUGUUUAUCACAGAUGAUGAUUUUAAAGUAUUAAAAGCCCAACAAGGCCUUCUUGUAGAUUUUGAUAAUUUUACAACUCAGUUGAUAUGUUUACUGGAACAAUGCCAAGUUCCAGUUGCUAGUUUACCUAAAACAGCAAAAUUUUUAUUGCUUUUGGCUGAAGAAGGUGGAGAUUGGAGUUUUCAGUUAGUAGAAACCAAUAAAAUUAAACAUCUUUGCCAUUUAAGUCUAAAUAUUGCACCAGCCACUGAUGCAGAUUUAAAGACACAUAUGGCUAUGAAAAUAAAAGGUUUAAAAGAAAGCAUAAUGCAAAAAGACAGAGAUCUUAUGAACUUAGAAACAAGAAUGUCCGAAUGGAAAAAUAAACUGGAAUCAAAAUGUAAAGAUUUAGAGCAAUAUGAACAAAAAUGUAUUACUGAAAAGACACAAUUACAAAUGAGUCUUUCUCAACAAGUUUCAUUAGAGAAGGACAGGCUAGUACAAGCAAGAUUGGAGUGGCAAAAUCAAACUGAAAAGGAAAAAAUGGAAUUUGAAUAUAAACACAGUGAAAUAAUAAAGCAAUUGCACACUGAAGUUGCUGAACUAAGAAUACAAAACUCAAGUUAUAAAGAUAAGCAGUCAUUAUUGGAAGCAACUAAUAAGGAGCAGUUAAAGCAACUUCAAGAAUUAGAAAAAGAACUUAAUAUGUUACAACGCGAUUUUUCUACAGUAAAACAUCAAAAUGUAAAGCUUAAUACUGAUUUCCAUGAAAAGGAUAAAUUAGUGAACACACUUUCCACAAGAGUAGCAGUUCUUGAACAAGAAUUAAAGGAUAAAAUAAUAUUAAUCAAUAAACAUACAGAGAUGAUAAAGAAUAUAAAGGAAAGCAAACAAAGACUGGAAGAAUUGCUUGCCGAAAAAGAAGCACAAUUGCAACGAAAACAAUCAUCUUUAAAGAAUUUGGGUGACGAACUCGUAAAGGCUAAUGAAAUUUUAAGUAAGUUGCAAAAUGAAUUAACAUCGACCAAGUCAAAACUAAAAUUACGAACAAGUAUAGCUCUUGAGCAGGAGCGACUUUUAGAUAGCAAACAAAAAGAAGUUGGUCAGUUAGAAAGUAAAGUGGAUACAUCUGCCAAAGAAAAUCGUGAAGCUAAAGCAAAUAUCGAUGAUUUGAAAGAGCAGUUAAAGGCAUUACGAAGUCAGUUGGAAGAAAAGGAAAAAACAAUUAAAAAUAACGAUAAUGUCAUAAGUUGGCUAAAUAGAAGGUUAGCUGAUGUGCAUUCACCUAUUCAAAGUGUGACAGCAACUACUUCUGUAACAAUGCCACAGUCUAUGCAGUUGACUCUGCCCAGGACAAAUAAAUUUAUGCCUAAUAGAUUUGAGACACGAACUCCAGCACCUAGUACAUCUCAACCUGUGUCACUCUCUGGUCUUCCUCUUAGAAAUCCAAUUGUACAAAACCCAAACAUUAAUCAAACUUCUAGGACUUGUGGUAGAUCAAUGGGUGUUGGAAUUACUGAAAAUUCACCUGGAAUAAAUUUCAAAACAGGACAGAUCUCUAACACAAGCACACCAGUUGAACGAGCCAAUUCGCUAAGUAAAAUAUCAAGUGCUAACUCAGUACCAGCUAUCAUUGAGAACAAUAACGUGCCAGCUCCAGCAAUGAAUGGCAUCAAACCAAAAAGUGUAGGUAGUUCUUUACAGGGUGGCUUAAGACGUGUAGUACUAGAUAAACCUUUAUUGCCUUCGGCCUACUUUCCUAAAACUUUACAUAAUCAAUGACAACAAAAAAAUAAGGUUCACCUUAAAAUUUAAAAAGAUAUUUAUCUUUUAUAGUACCUACAAUAGACUAUCUUAGAUGUAAUGUUGCUA